AUGACUUCAAAAGUAUUGGCGAAUGGGAUUCUCUGCAAUGUCUGCAAGUUACAAGUAAUGGAUGGCAAAAGGGAGGACGAGUGUUUGAAUGAAGGAGGUGAGCUUCUCAAUGAUAUUGAAAUUUUUAAUGGCCCCAUGUCCCAAAACUUUGUUUUCCACAACGGGCAACCCAACACUCCAUGCCCUGCACUCCUCCAGCAGGGUAUCCGACGCGGAUAUAGAGCUUUCAGACCUCAACAUUUCCUGAAGAAGGCUUCGCAUCCGAACAACACUACAGUGGAAGCAUACAACGGAGACUACGUUCAAAUCAACAAAGAGAGGCGGAGCUUCACAGCCAAAAUGCCAAAGGCAGACAAAGCCUUCCUCUCCGCUUACAUCAAUCACAUUACAAGACGGGCAAAGGAUUUUACUAGAGACAGUGAAGAUAUCACGCUCUACAACAAUACAGGUGAUGCUAUCUACGGGUAUGGAUGGACCGGCAUUCCGUUCAAGCAUUCUUCCGCAAUGGACACAAUCGCUCUCGAUCCUCCUCUCAAACGCAAUAUUAUGAUGGAUCUUGACAACUUUAAGAGAGGAAAGGAAUUUUACAGCCGGAUUGGGCAUUCGUGGAAGCGAGCCUACCUUCUUCACGACCCGCCUGGAACGGGGAAAUCAAGCUUCGUGCCUGCCAGGAACGAUUUGUACGACCUCGAGCUCACUCGGGUGAAGAACAAUGCGGAGCUCCAUGCACUUCUCACGCAAACAAAGGAAAAAUCUUUGAUUAUUAUUGAAUACAUCGAUUGCUUGUUGUGUCUAACUGACAGGGUUUCGGGGCUUUCUAACGACAAUGAAGAGGAGAAGAGCAGCAACAAAGUGACUCUGUCUGGUUUUCUCAAUUUCACAGAUGGCUUGUGGUUCUGCUGCGGAGAGGAGCGUAUUAUUGUAUUUACGACCAACCACAAGGAUAUACUUGAUCCAGCCAUACUCAGGUGUGGGAGGAUGGACAUGCACAUUCUACUCUCAUUCUGCACUUUUCCUGCAUUUAAAUCUCUUGCUUUUAAUUAUUUGGAGAUAGAGGAUCACCCACUCUUUUCCGUCAUGGAAGAGAAAAUGGCAUGCGGGGCUGAGAUGACUCCUGCAGAUUUUAUAGAAGUUCUGAUGAAUAAAAUGGAUGACCCAGAUGAAGCUUCACGUGAUUUGAUUUUUGCGCUGGAUGGAAAGAAAAGAGUAAGGAAUGCUCUGCUUACAUCUUGA